AUGGACGAACGAGACAAUGGCAAGAGCUCAUCUGGUGACUCUGGUGAUUAUAAGUAUGGGAUUGUGAUUGACUCUGGUUCAUCAGGAUCUCGUAUCCAGAUCUAUAGCUGGGAAGAUCCUGCCAAAACAUUGAAAUCAUCAUCUCAAGAUGAUAAGGUUACCUUGUUAUCACCACCAAAGAUCAUCCAGAAGAAAGAUUGGUCAAUGAAGAUUAGUCCUGGUAUAUCAUCAUUCCAUUCCACCACUAAGAAAAUAUGGUCUCAACAUUAUUCCAAGUUAAUGAAGUUUGCUCAAGAUAUAAUCCCGGUGGAAAGACAUGCGGACACACCUAUAUUUGUGUUAUCAACUGCUGGUAUGAGAUUAGUAGAACCAAAGCAACAAAAGAAGAUUCUUGAAGAAACAUGUAGUUCAAUUCAAAAGAAUACUCAGUUCUAUUUACCCAAUUGUAAGGAAUUUGUGCAAAUCAUUGAUGGGGAAACUGAAGGAGUUUAUGGAUGGUUAGGAUUGAAUUAUCUUAUGGGUCAAUUCAAUAAAUAUGAUCCUCAAUCAAAUGAACAUGAAUCAAUUGGGUUUAUGGAUAUGGGAGGUGCUUCUACUCAAAUUGCAUUUGUCCCUUCAUCUGCUGAAGAAGUUAAAAAACAUAAAGAAGAUUUAUCAACUGUUACAUUAAGAAAUAUUGAUGGUACAACUCAAGAAUGGAAUGUAUUUGUUGAAACAUGGUUAGGAUUCGGAGCCAAUGAAGCCAGAAAAAGAUAUUUGGAACAACUUAUAAACCUUUCUCAUAUUAAUCCUCUGGUGGGGAAUGAAAUUAGUGAUCCAUGUUUACCAAAGGGAGCUAAAUUGAAUUAUGAAUUUGAAUCAAAGACUUAUAAAGUUAAUGGUAUUGGUAAUUAUCAACAAUGUGUGAGAACUAUGUAUCCUUUAUUAUUAAAGAAUAUCCCUUGUAAAGAUGAACCAUGUUUCUUUAAUGGUAUUCAUGGUCCAAAACUUAAUUUUGAUAAAGAUAAAUUUGUUGGGAUUUCAGAAUAUUGGUAUACUGCCAAUGAUAUUUUUCAAAGUGGAGGAGAAUAUAAUUUUCAUGGUUUUAAUGAAAAAGUACGAGAUUAUUGUGAAAGUGAUUGGGAAUCGAUUUUAUCUAGAUCAAAAUAUGGAGAAUUUUCAAAUCUUGAUCCCGAUAAGUUUUUAAAAGAUGCUUGUUUUAAGGCUAGUUGGGUUAUGAAUAUUUUACAUGAAGGGUUUGAAUUACCUCGUUUAGGACUUGAUAUUCCUGAUGAUGAUAAUUCUGAAGGUGAUGAAUCAAGAAAAGAAAUCGCUAAUGUUCAUGUCCCUUUCAAAUCUGCUGAUUCUAUUAAUGGUGAAGAAUUAUCUUGGACAUUAGGUAAGAUCUCAUUAGUUGCAUCAUCUCAAAUUAAAUCAUCAGAGAAAAAUUCUAAAUAUAAUAUUGGUAUUUAUCCCAGUAAGAUUUCUGGUAAAUCUUUUGUAUCGGGAAGUGGAAUUCAUUCUGGAAAAGCAAGUGGUUAUGGUUCUGACGAUGAUGAUGGUGAAGAUAUAAGUCCUAAAUCAGUAUUUUCAAUUUUACUUGUAUUAUUAUUACUUUACUUUAUCUAUCAUUAUGGAAAAGCUCAUUUUGGUACUUUACAACAUAAAUUUAGAAGAUUUCAACUUCCUUAUCCUAUUAAAAGAGCUAUAGUUACUACUACAUCAAAGAUUCCUGGCUUGAAAAAUGUCAUUAAUGAUUAUCAAUUCUUUAGAAAUGAAGAUAAUCUUGAUGAAAGUAUUUUACCCAUGACAUCAACCACCACUAAUCAUCAAAACUCCAAACAAUAUGCUUCCGUAUUAAGAACUAGACUGAAUAUAAACCUUACUGAUGAAGAUCAACAAGAGAGAACAGGAAGUCCAUUCACAUCCCCUGAACCACAAUCACAACAAUCACAACAAACCAAAAAUUUAAAUACAUUUAUAAAUAAACCAUUUGUGGUUCCAAAGAGAAGUGGUGUCUAUCAUCAUUUAAGUGAAACCAAUAGUAAAGAUACCUUAAAUCGUAUUCCUAGUGCUAGUUCUAUAAACAGAGGUAAAACUCCUAAUUAG